AUGCAUCCCACAAAAGAGACCACUAGCAUUUGACAGAAUCAGUAAGACAAGACGAGGAGCGGUGGGAAAAAACAAGGAGCUGCUGGGUGGUGUGCUCAAGAAGAGGCAGAGGCAGAAGUGUCCCAAAAGCACAACGUCAGGACACAUUGAAUCAUGAUGGGACAGUACUUCCAGUUGGAUUCAUAGCAGAAACAGACUAUGGUCAACCAGAGCUCCCCCGUGGGCUUCCUCCUGCUGGGCUUCUCUGAACACCCACAACUGGAAAAGGUUCUCUUCGUUGUUGUCUUGUGCUCCUACCUCCUCACCCUCCUAGGAAACACACUCAUCCUCCUGCUGUCCACCCUGGACCCCAGGCUCCACUCUCCAAUGUACUUCUUCCUCUCUAACCUCUCCUUCUUGGACCUCUGCUUCACCACAACCUGUGUCCCCCAGAUGCUGUUCAACCUCUGGGGCCCUGCAAAGACCAUCAGCUUCCUGGGAUGCUCUGUCCAGCUCUUCAUCUUCCUGUCCUUGGGAACCACCGAGUGCAUCCUCCUGACAGUGAUGUCUUUUGACCGCUAUGUGGCUGUGUGCCAGCCCCUGCACUAUGCCACCGUCAUCCACCCUCGCCUGUGCUGGAAGCUGGCAGCUGUGGCCUGGAUGAUGGGACUGCUUCAAUCCAUAGUUCAGACACCUCCUACCCUCAAGCUGCCCUUCUGUCCCCAUAGGCAGAUAGAUGACUUCCUGUGUGAAGUCCCAUCUUUAAUUCGACUCUCCUGUGGGGACACCACUUUUAAUGAGAUUCAGUUGGCUGUGUCCAGUGUUAUUCUUGUGGUUGUGCCUCUGAGCCUCAUCCUUGUCUCUUACGGAGCCAUUGCCAGGGCAGUGAUGAGGAUAAACUCCACUGAAGCAUGGAAAAAGGCUUUGAGGACCUGCUCCUCCCACCUCAUUGUAGUCACCCUCUUCUACAGCUCAGUAAUCGCUGUCUAUCUGCAGCCCAAAAAUCCCUAUGCCCAGGAGAGGGGCAAGUUCUUUGGUCUUUUCUAUGCAGUGGGCACCCCCACACUGAACCCUCUCAUUUAUACUCUGAGGAACAAGGAGGUAAAGAGGGCAUUCUGGAGGCUGUUGGGGAAGGAUGGGGACUCCAAAAAUACCUAAGAGAUAAAUAGCAGAAGGACUGCUGUAAGUUCAAGGCCAGAUUGGUAGACACAGUGAGACUUGGAGAUACUGGUAAUUGGAAUGCGAAUGACUGAUACAUUCAAGAGAAAUGCUAGGGUGACAAUGGGGACCUAGUUAUGGUUUGCUUUGACUUUAAUUAUGCAUAUGUUGCACCAAGAUGUACAACUAGGACACUAUAGUGAAGGAUGUUGUAACCAUGUGGCUUAAUCAUUCCAUUGGUUUGGCAAAACCCUAUCAACUGUAAGCAUUUCUAGCCUUGAAGACAUUAGAUAUCCCAUAGUUAGGAGCUUUGUCUCUAACAGGGACACAGUCUCUAAAGUGAAUAGCAGGCCUGGAAGAUUUUCAAAUGGAUACUUUUCUUGCAACUGUAAGAUUACCUUGACCAAGAAUUCUAGAGGCUAAGAAUUCCUUCCCACCAUUGAUGUUUCAAUAGUCUAGAAUCUGGUGGGUCUCGUGUGAAAAGCAGCAGUAUAUGGGUAUGACAGCCCUUUCCUGCUCUGUGGUCAAGUCACUCACCAGUAAGUGGUUCUGGGAAGAAAGCCUAUCACUGAAAUUUGUUUCCCCUUUGUCAAAAGCCUUAGUGGUGUUAAAUGAGAACACAGAACUUGUCCUUACUUUGAAGUGAUGCCAUUCAAUGGUACAGACUACAAAUGUGUGAGGAGCCCUGGGUCUUAUGAGUUUUAUUUCCCACUCUCUGUACUGUUACCCUAAUGCCCCCAGUACACUUACCCUCCUGGCUGACUUUGCUUAAUCAAUACAAUCUCAAUCAAUAAAUCUUACUCA